AGACAUUAUUUUAUGUUGAAAAGUGAGACCAGUACACCGAGUCAAAAUGCUGAUGCUGUACGAGGUAUGCUGACACAGUUACAAUAUGCACAGAUGACUAAUAGGUUAUCUGAGAAUGAUGCAACAUGUGAGUUAUACCGACAAUAUUUUGAGAAAUAUUCCUCCAUUGUUGACAACCAAAAUAAAGCAUUAGGUCUCAAUAACUAUGCUGAUACAGCAACUGCAUUGAAUAGACCAAGUGAAAGUUUGUCAUGGAAAUCUUCAGUAUCAUUGGAUAACAUUACAUCCGUGCCUUGCAUAAAGUCUCUGAUCCAGAAUUCCAAGAAAAACCUAGAUGAUCCUAAUUCUAGUACUAUAGUUAUAGCAAAGCCAAAGCAGACUCGUAUUACAACCCAAGUGUGUAGUCCUGUUGAUAUGCCAACGAGUCACAAUGCACCAAGACCUUUAUUCAAAGCAUUGACAUCUACUGACAAUCCUGCUGUUAUAAGGAGUAAACCUAGAAACACUUCUGACUCUGGCUUCAACUACAAAGCAUCUGAAAACAGUGUCAGGCAGAGUACAUCAUCAAAUGUAUCACAAGAUGAUCCUCUCCGACAUUCUGACUUUGUACCGAAUCAGUUUGCGAAAGGGUUUGGUAGUCGAGAAGGGAAACGUGGGGGGUUGCAAUCUCAGAUGGAUGAUGGAUGGUCUGGAUCUUGCAGGCAGCCAUCAAGACCAUUACAGUCGUUUAAACGAAAGGCAUCAUCAUCAUCCAGUUCAGGUAUUGGUCAGGGAUCAUUCAAAUCUGAAGAUAGUAUGAGCAGAACUGGUAACUAUGGUAACAGUUACCAAGGUAAUACUGAUACUGGUGAGGAUUCCAGAAACAACCAGGCAUCAUCUGCAUUUAAAACUGCAAGAGAUCAACUGAUUAUUAACAACCAGAAAAAAGCUGGUAACCGGGGAGUCAGGGGACCACCAUUAACCUCAUCCUAUGGUGGUACGAAAAAGUCCUUAGGAACAACUAGAAGAGGAAUUAAUAGUAAAUUUAUACCACCAGUUGUGAGCCGAGAUGAGGACGGUGACGGUGGUGGUACAACAUAUGGCAGAACAGAUUCAAGAAAUCACCGCAGUAAGAAAGAUGAGAGCGAUGAAAUAGUUGAUGAGAGACUGAAAAAUAUUGAACCAAAGAUGAUAGAAUUGAUCAGCAAUGAGAUAAUGGAUCACGGUGCACCUGUUGCAUGGGAUGACAUUGCUGGCUUACAGUUUGCUAAAUCUACAAUAAAAGAAAUUGUCAUUUGGCCGAUGUUAAGACCUGACAUUUUUAAUGGACUUAGAGGUCCUCCAAAGGGAUUAUUGCUUUUUGGACCCCCUGGCACAGGAAAAACUUUGAUUGGUAAAUGUAUCGCUAGUCAAUCAGGUGCAACAUUUUUUAGUAUAAGUGCGUCCUCACUUACAUCAAAAUGGGUUGGUGAGGGUGAGAAAAUGGUGAGGGCGCUGUUUGCUGUUGCGCGUGUUCACCAGCCGGCCGUUAUCUUCAUAGACGAGAUAGAUUCGUUAUUAACACAACGAAGUGAUGGUGAACAUGAAUCAUCUCGGAGAAUUAAGACGGAAUUUCUGGUUCAAUUGGAUGGUGCCACUACUGAUACAACAGACAGAAUACUAGUUGUUGGGGCAACCAAUAGACCACAAGAAAUUGAUGAAGCAGCGAGGAGAAGACUUGUUAAAAGAUUAUACAUCCCGUUACCCGAGUUACAAGCAAGAAAACAAAUAGUAGAGAAUUUAUUGCGGCAGCAGUGUUUCAGCUUAAAUGAUUCUGAGUUGCAACAGAUUUGUCUUCAGACUGAAGGUUAUUCUGGGGCAGAUAUGUCUAAUCUGUGUCGUGAAGCUGCCCUCGGACCAAUAAGAUGUCUCCAAGGGUCGGAAAUACAAAACAUAUCAGCUGAUCAGGUGAGACCAAUCAUCUUUCAAGAUUUCCAAGAUGCUUUAUUGAAUGUCAGACCCAGUGUAUCAGAAAAAGAUUUAGAUGUUUAUUUAGAAUGGAAUCAGCAGUAUGGUAGUGGUGUUAAAUAACUACUUUGUAUG